GCGUCUUACAAUUAAUCAGCUGCUCUGACGUAACCAGUUUCAAGAUUAACAACACGCCGGUAUUUUUCUCGGUGUCAUAUAUAUACUAAGUUCCCCUACUCAAGAUGAUAAAUAAUUAUGAUGAAUUUCCUCGGAGAAUGCAAACGCUCUUACUGAAGAAAGAACAAGAGUAUGGUCCACUGAAAUAUCUCUUAUUCAGAACAACAACAGAGACUUCAGAUCAUAUUGACGAUCUAGUACAGGCUGUUGUUGAUAUAGUUUAUGAAUUAGAGCUGAUACCAAAGGACACAAAUGAAGCAGAAAAAUCUACCAUUAUUGAUAACCAAGACGUUAUUCAAUGUUACUACUACAUUUUGUUAAACACUAACUUUUCUUCGCAAGAACUACUGAUGGAGGAUCCAGAAGUUGGCCACUUGGUUGGUGUUUGUCCAGCUUUAUCGCUGUAUGUCUUUAUACAGAUAAUAUGGAGUUUAAAGUGCGAAGAGAUAUUAUGUGAAUCGCUGCAACACAUGCCUUUGGAUCUAUGUGUCGAGGUGCUAGAGAUAGCGGUCAGGUGUGUGACUGAGCUAGAAAGCACGCGAGAUGUUAAUCUACUUUUCAACUUGGCCAAUACAAUAUACUUUACAUGUUUGAAGCUUCAUUUGGGCACAGUGUCACAAAAGAAUGUGACGGAAUGUACAAAUCAAUUAGUAUCGACUUUUUACACCAUUCUAGAUCAAAUUAGCGAGUUUGCUUGUUCAUCCGAGUCCGUUAAGAAAAGAACGAAAUACAAGCAACACGGACAUUUGUUGAAGCGCAUUCUUCGUAAUACGCAGUUGUGCAUGCAUUGGAAGACACUAAUUUCUCUGGAAGAUUCUGACAAAGCUCAGGUGAAGAAAUUGCACAAACUCACAUAUGGCGAUCUCAAUAACUCCCAGAGAUAUUAUCACGCGCUCUCUGCCGACGAGGUGAAACCCAUCGUAACAAUGUUGGAUCUAGAACUGGUCAACUUGUUGCUCAGGGAGAUGAAGAGAGUAGAUUGCAACGAGUAUAUGGAAUGGGCGGAUAUCUACGAUACGGAAUACAGCGCGAUUUUGCUGCAGCGUGCCGUUGCCAUCGAGUGUUACUAUUUCAUGGAAUUUAUGAAGGGCGACGAGUUUCUGACGCAGAACGAACAACUGCGCCAGUGCCUGCGGCAACUCAUAGGCUCGAACUCGGAUACGUUCUGUCUGAGUAUCGACGAAAUCUGUCACGGCAUCGACAACGGCAGACACGAGAAUAUGAAGGAAUUGCUGAAGCGCUACAAGGACUGGAACCAGUCCACACUGGACUUCAUCGCCGAGAGGACGCAGUUGUUGAAAGGACAUGAUUACAAUAUUUUGUUCGAAUAUCUUAAUCACGUGUUUGGAUGUUCAUACACCGAGAACGAGAAGUAUCAAGCUUACACAUCGGUAUUGAGGAUAAUACUGCAGCAGGACUUGCCGAAAAUGAUCUCCACUGUAACGACAUACGUCAUGCAGCACUUUGACAACAAUGUUUUAGAGCGUCUGUACAAUCAGGAGAUAUUCGAAAAAUUCAUAGCGCGCAACGAGUUCGUACACGAUGCUCAAAGUCUGCGUACACUUUUGAUUUUCACGUUGCUCAACGCGAAAGCGGUGGUGACCACUCUGGUGAGGAUCGCGACGGGUUGCUACGAGCACAUCAUAUUCGCGCCCCGUGACAUACUGCUGCUGCGGCCGUUGUUCGAGUCGUACAAGAUCAAGUAUAGUAAGAACGGCGAUCAAAGCAAUUUGCUUACGUCCAUCAUGAGGACAGUUUGUCUUGAAAAUUCUAAUUGGUCCGCUAAGAAGUUCGGAAAGUUCAUCGAAGUCAUAGUAGACUCGCAGUUGACUCAUCUAGACGAUCUGAUAAACGACGUUUUCAUACCCUAUCUGUUAAAAAGCUCCUACGAAUGGAGCAAUCUUCUCUUCGUGACAACGUACGUGCACAACGUUAUAAAAGAACAACGUUACUCAUCCAGGACAGAUUACGCGUUGCUGUACAAAGCGCUAAUCAAAAGGCUAUCAUUGAUCAGACAAUGCAAUCCGUCUUACUCGAGGGGACCGGUAAACAAUAUAAAGUUACUUAUGAGGCGCACAUUACAUAUUUUACUUGUCAUGCCAGAUGCGCUGACUGAGAACGAAAGGCGGCAAGUGAUGAACGAAAUCGAUAGCAGUGUGGAACCGAUUGAUCGCGAACUCAAUGGCCACGUAAUGGACGUAAUUCAGAAUUACGAGAGACGCUGUCUCGCCGUGUAUCGUCGAUUAAGUACGGAACCCGCACUGCGCGACUACACAAAGUCUUUCCGGCUCGAUCGUGAGGCUUUCAUACGUCACAUGAUGCUGCACGGUAGCACGAAGGAGUUUGAAGUCUUCGCGCUUCAGCUUACCACCGUGUUCUGGUUCGCGUUCGGUUGGGCGGACGAAUUGGACGCGUUCGAAAAUGUGACGCGCAUCGCCGCCGACGCGGCGCGUCUCGCCUUGACGUGCGAUCGUGUAUUUCCCGAGGAUUCGCUCGUCACGUUGCUGCAGGCAAUCGUGCAAUACUGCUCGCAACUCACGAACAUUGGGAACAUCGACCUUAAAGUAAUUCGUCGCGUCCUUAUAAGGACAAUGUUUUCUCUGAAAACGGCGGUCAAGAACACAUCCUACUGCGAGACGUACAAGUCUCUGCUCGUACGCGUCAAGAACAUCGAUGUCGACCAAUUUGACUUGAAUAAACAAGCUUAUUUGGAAGAGAUCGAGAACUGGAUCGAUGUGUUUCUCGUCAAAUGCGACAAUCCGAUACCGGACAACCCGCGCGAAGGCAGCAAUUCGGACGAAGAAUCAGAUGAAUCCGAGAAAAUCCGCGGCAUGAUCGAUGCGUACACCUUCGUGUGCAGAUGCAUCGCUAUUCCUGUCGCGAAAAAUCAAAUUUCCGCCAAUUGGAUAGCGGAUUUCAUUAUUCAACAACAAAAAGAACGAAAAGAGAAUAUAAGCUGCGAUUAAGCGUAGAGUAUUUCUAUCUCGUCACUUUUUCGCAAUAAUUUUGCUCGAAAAAAAAGACUGAUGUCACAAGAGUUUUCCAUCGAAGCACACGGGGCUUUUUGUGUGUUUCUAUAUUUGAAAUAAAGCACUUCGCAGUAAUGUUUUCUUUUUUUUACCUAAAAACUUGAGUGACUUCAGAAAAUUCCAAAAUAUCUUAGGCGAUAGAAAACCAGAACUGAAUUUUCAAGUCAAAUUAAUUUAUAUUUUCGUACCAAUAUACUAAAUUGUUAACAGUAUUAUUAAAUAAUAUUAAUUUUAAUAUAUCACGAGAAGAAGAGAGAGAACGCGGAAUUAAAGAUGAACGGAAGUGAAAAGGCAGAUGGUAACAAUAUUCGAGUCCGAGUGUGAAAACCACAAAAUCCUGUGUGUGAUAAUGGAUUUGAUUUCAAUUUGUUUCUGUGUAGUUGCUGUGGGGAGGAAAAACCCGGCUGAAACUUUGCGCACCGACUAAUCGGCAUAAAUGCAACAACUGCACGUACGAAAAACACAGAGAAUAUUCUUUAAACAACUGCAGAUAUAUAAAAAUAACCCUGUGGAUCUCUUUCUGGUGAAUGUCAAGUCAUUUAUGCCGAUUAUGUAACACGUAUGCAACGUAGUGCGGGCACACGUAACGGGUGUGUUAUUGACGUAAUUUCAGUAGUAUAAUAAAACACACGUACAAGAAAUGCGAAAUGAAAUAUAAAAGGAUUUUUAUUUGAAAUGUAUUUUAUGCGAGCGUUUUACCUUAACAGAGUCUUUUCUUUCUUAAUCACAAACGUUAGGUUUUUUUUUGUUUUUUUUUUUUUCAUUAUCGUACAAACAAAAUUACACCAUUAGUCUCACCUCUAAGGUCUUCGAGUUUUUUUUUCUUCUUUACAACUUUAUAUUAUGCUGCGUACGUUUUUUUUUUUUUUAAGAGUAAUAGACAUCAAUCGGUGAUUUUUUUUCUUGUUAUAAUUUAUAAAUAAUACGUAUAAAUAAUUAAGUUUCAACACGACUAAAUUGCGAUUGGAAACAAAACUCGUCAAAAUGUGAAAAUAUUACAAAUAUACAUAUUUAUGUCUGAAUUCACUUAGAAGCUACAAACCCAAACGGUUCCUUUUUUUUUGUUUAUUAUUAUUAUUAUUAUUAUUUGUCGCAGAGGAUCGUGUACAAAUCUGUAUCAAACUAUUGACUUCAAAAACCUUUAGCGCUAUAUUUGUGCGAUAGUGCCAAAUGCCAUUGUACAAUGGUUAGUAAAUAAGAAAAUGGAAAAAAAUUGCGGACAAAGAAAAAAUUGUGCAUCAGUCUAUAAACUCUCGAUUAUAUUUUAUUUUAAAAAUCUUUUUUUUUUUUACGAAUUAAAAUCCCUAAAUUUUUGGAAUUUUUCUUUUAUACAUCAAAUGGACACACAGAACUUUCGGGUGUGUUGCUCUCUCGGAUGUACUUUCGGCAAAGAGCGAGGAGAGAAAAAACACGUCGCGUUUUAAAAGUUACAAAACAAAAUUGCAUUAUUCGGGUAAUAAAAUAAACUAGAGAUAAGGAGAAAGAAAAAGAAAUCGCGAUCGGUCGCUCUCUGCUCCAAGUAUCCGCAAGUAGACGCAAAUGUGAAGUUGCGAUUUACAAGUGCCUCGAUUCAUCAGUUCAUGACUAGAUAUCCUCAUGCUGGUACUUCAAAUACAUCUCUAUAAGAGCCGUGAACGCGGGUAUCUCGUUCACACACGCGCUUAUUUAAAUAUCAUCUCUAUGAGAAAAAGAAAUACAUUAAUUACUAAUAAUAAUUCUCGUCAACAAAAUUAUUUUAAGAUAACAAUUACUUAGCGCGAAUAAAAAAUUGUUUUCUUUUCACAGUCGCAGAAAAAACAAAAACAAAAAUGAGCGAAAGCCGAAAACGGCAAUUAUAGGAUCUCUCUCGAAGUGGAAAGGCAAACGGAUUCGUAAGAAAUUCCAGCAUCUCAGUGUUUUGUCCGCCCACGUGAUCCUGUAUAAUAAUUGUAA